AAGAAGACGAAGAAGACGAAGGAGAAGAAGAUUACGCGCUACAGUGUCGGAAAAUCAUUAGAAGAAGAAUCUUUUUUUUAUUCUAUUUUUUUUAUUUUUAUGUUGACCCGGAAGUUGCCAGCCUGUUGUACCGGGGCGGAGGACCGGAGGAGCCCACCACCACGACCACCCAGCGCCGUUCGCAGAACAAGCAACCUUCAUACAGAGAAGCGUUUGGGCUCCCGCAGACGAGACCCGUGGCCCCCCGCUGCCGAGGACCACCGCUCGGUCCACCGAGGACCACCGCUCGGUCACACUCAGUGAGAUGCGAAGGAGGUCGCGCUCCGCCGACAGAGCUCGUCGAGGCUUGUGCACGGAUUCGUGAGCAGCAUCUCCGCGGCGGAGCCCCUGCUGAUCGACGCGCGGUGUGAAAAGUCAAUGUCAUGACUGGAGCCGAGACUGAGGAGGAUAUACCGUUAGGUGAGAGGAAGACCGUCACAGAUUUCUGCUACCUUCUGGACAAGUCCAAACAACUCUUCAAUGGGUUAAGAGACCUUCCUCAGUAUGGACACAAGCAGUGGCAGUCCUACUUUGGACGGACCUUCGACGUCUACACUAAACUAUGGAAAUUUCAGCAGCAGCACAGGCAGGUUCUGGACAGUCGGUAUGGCUUGAAGAGAUGGCAGAUUGGGGAAGUUGCAUCCAAAAUUGGACAGCUUUACUACCAUUAUUACCUUCGUACCUCAGAAACAAGUUACCUGAAUGAGGCCUUUUCCUUCUACUCUGCCAUCCGACAGCGAUCCUACUAUUUUCAGGUUAAUAAAGAGGACAGACCAGAAUUAGUUGUGAAGAAGCUUCGAUAUUACGCUCGCUACAUCGUUGUCUGUUUACUGCUGAACAAGAUGGACCUCGUCAAAGUUUUGGUUAAGGAGUUAUCUGAGGAAAUCGAAGAUUACACACAGCGCUUCAACACAGAGGAUCAAUUGGAGUGGAACCUGGUUCUACAGGAAGUGGCAGCUUUUGUAGAGGCCGAUCCGGUGAUGGUACUGAAUGAAAACAAUUCCGCCGUCGUCGUCAUCAGCCAUCGGCUGCAGGAAGGAAGUGUGCCUCCACUAGAACAAGGCAUGGUGGUUGGCCAACUCAUCCUUGCAGAUGCACUAAUCAUCGGCAACUGUAACAACCAGGUGAAGUUCAGUGAGUUAACCAUAGAUAUGUUCCGCAUGCUUCAAACCCUAGAGAGGGAACCUGUCAACCUGGCUACACAGACCCCCAAACAAGGAACAGUGGAACCCAUUGAGAAGCCAGCUAAACGAGAAAAUCCUCACAAGUAUUUGCUGUACAAGCCGACUUUCAGCCAGCUCUUCACUUUCUUGUCUGCCUCUUUUAAGGAAUUGCCUGCCAACAGCGUUCUGCUAGUUUACCUAUCAGCUACUGGAGUCUUUCCCACUGGGCCUUCAGAUUACGAAGGACCAUAUGAUUUUGGAGGAGUUCUCACAAACACAAACAGAGAUGUGGUGAAUGGAGAGACGAUGCAGAAGAAGAAUCAGGCCCAGAAAGAAAUGCACUGCCUUCAUCCAGGGGACUUAUUCCCUUUCACCCGGAAGCCACUUUUUGUCAUCGUGGAUUCUUCAAACAGCACGGCCUACAAGAAUUUCACAAAUCUGUUUGGCCAGCCUCUGGUGUGCCUACUAUCACCUACAGUGUAUCCCAAAAGUGUACAAGGUGUGUUACUGCAGAACAACACUUCAUCGAAGAAUACAUCUGAUCAGUGUCAGCGCGGGAGUCUCUUCACUCUGUUCCUCUACAGUCCACUCUUGGCUUUCUCCUCUGUGUGUGGUUUGAACAGUGUGCGACGAGGACUGUGGGACAGGGCUCAAGAGUUCCUUUCCAAAGUCUACAAUGACAUUGGGCAGAUGAUAACUAGAUCACGGACCAUAGAUCAAGCCUUUUUGCAAUUCUUUGGUGAUGAGUUCCUCCGACUGCUGCUGAUCCGCUUUGUGUUCUGCUCAGCUGCACUGAGAUUGCAUAAACUGUUUCGGGAGUCCCAGAGCUUCCCGGACUCGUACCCCGAGCUGCCCAAACAGGACACGGUGGAGAACAGCCUUCUGCAGAAGCAUAUAUUGGAGCUGGCAACCAUCCUGGACGUGCAGAGCCUUUUUUGGGAUGAUUCACUGGAAGUCUACUAAUAUCUUUGCGUAGGGGAAAAUGGCAUUUAUGUACAUACAGACUCAACUGCCAGAGCCCUCAAAGUUGCACCUCUUUUUUUUUUCUUUUUUUCUUUUUUUUUACAGGUAAUGAAUUCACUGUUUCAGCACAUACAGGUUCAUGUCUUGCGUUCAACUGUACACGUGUUGAAGCAAAUGUUGUGCAGCAUUAACAUGCUCUAGCACUUAAGUCAGAGAGUUUCAUAUUGUGUAAAUUCCCCAUUUUUAAGUGUCGGCGACUUGCCUUGGAAAUAUAAACAUCAUUUAAAACAUAAAAGAAAAUGAAUGAGAUAUUGCAAAAAAAAAAACAAAAACCUUUUCAAAUCACCAGUCCCUGUCCAAAAGAAGGUAUGAUUCUGCAGCUAAUUGCAGAUAAUAAUAUAACAUUAAUCUUUGUUUAUCAGAACAGAGAAUGGAAAAAAAUCCUGGGGCCCCGUCCACAUGCGAGCUCUGUCGCCGAGAGAACACAGUGCUGUUUAGAAAAUGCUUGUGCAUCACUUCAUGUUCUGAAUAAGUGCGACGUUCGGGACAUUGUUCACACACACACCAGGUGAAACAUUUCGCCCAAAAAUGUGACGUCUAGUUUUAGAUUUUUGUACUUGCGUAAGAGUGUUGUGCUGUACAACAGCUUUUCUCGUUGCAGACAGGGGUGCAUGAGGGUGUGUUCCGUCGCUUCUUGUGGCACGGCGUCAGUUGUACAGAUUUCAUACUCCUCCUUUCUGCCGUUCACCAGCAAUCCAUACUGGCAGCCUUUUGCAUUUGGAAAGUGGCAUUUAUUUUCAAUAUUUUCUCACGUCACGGUGCAUAGUCUGCAUGCAAAAAAUGCAAACGGAUGUAUCAUUUGUGUCCUUUUUCUAUCCACAAAGAAGGGGCUCCCACCCAUUUGAGAAUAUAAAACAGACUCACGAUCUAACAACGGCACGUGGUUGGUUGAAAGUGGAGCCGAUGCAUGUGCUGCAUGGGCCUGUGCGUUCUCUAAUUUGAGACGACAGAAAGUGACCUAGUGAACAUGUGGUCCGCACACCAACCCCUUUUUUUUCAGUGACAACAUUCACCGUUGAAUAAGUCACAGAAACGAGUCGCCUUCACGCUGACGGGACCGGCGUGUGACUUCCUGGCUCUUUUGCUCGAAGGGAAUAUGAUUGCUUGCUUUCUAAUACACAGGAAAAACAACACCGUCAUCUUCUCGAUCCGGAGCCAUGGUGCCGUGCAUGGUUUCACUUCACCCCACCAUCCGUUGAGCCACUGUGUCAAGCUUACAGAUGCUGCCUGACUUUUUUUCAGUAACUGGACCAACAACAAAAAAAUGAUACAUUGUCUGUUUCAAAAGUGAGAAAUGCUGCGCUGACAACAAGUGGCAAGAGAGAGGGUUACAACAACAAAGCUGGAUGCUGAGUACAGAGUCGAAGUGUCCCAGCGAUCGAUCCCGGCGCUGCCAUUGGAGGGGAAAGAGGGAGCGAGAGAGAGUGACAGCGGGGCAAAGAGCACACAGCUCACAGCUCUAUAAUGAUCCAAGGUGCUAAACGACAAGUUAGAGAUCUUUUAUUUUUUAUCGCGAGAAGUGUAAAAAAAUAAAUUGUGUGCAUUAUACACCUGGCGGGAGAGGUUAGACUAGGUAAGGUAGAUCUAGGUAAAUCGGAAACACUGUGGGCCUAGUCGGAUGACGUGUGAACCCUUUGACGAUUGUCGCCAUUUGCACAUGUAAUUUUUUAAUAUGUCGCAGACACUCGUCCAUUCUAAAUAACACAUUUUAAUCUUGUUGAUUAGUGGUCGGUGGAGGGGCGCCUGCUGUCUGUCUGUGUGGCGGGGGGGGGGAAUCCAAAUCCUUAGCAGCCACAAUCUGUUCUUGAAUGAAGAAACUCAAGCUUAAAGCACUUUCGGUACGAAUUCGUCACUUGGUCACGGCCCUUUUCUGGCUGCGAGAACCCUUGAGAGCUUGAGAUUGUUGGUCACUUUCUGUUGACUCAAGUUUUCACCGAGCCGUGAAGUGGGUCACAGGAAGCGUCGUCCUGUCCACACCAGUGAGGGGCAGCCGUUUUCCUACUAAGGGCUAUUUCAAUUUCUUUUUAAAUGCCCUUCGAGAGUACUGAACUGCUGAACACCUCUCUAUAUCCCAAUGGCUGGAGUCAGGUGGUAGUGAUGAUGAUACUUCUCAGUCAGUCUUGAGCUGAGCUGAUUCUUUGCAAGUUUUGAAAAGAACUGCUCACAACAGUAGCUUGUCGUUCACAGGGCGUACAGUGAGGAGAGGGAGGUUGUUGCACCUAGGCGUUGAGCUUGCGGUUUGCUUUGUGGCUCAGUGAUAAGGCGUUGCAGGUUGCCAGCUGGUUCCACACAGUAAGAUGGUUGAACAACGAUGAACACAUGUUCACUUCCUUUGGUUCACUAGUCGUAGUCAUGUCCUGAAACACUCUCACCAAAUGCCUGAAGGAGUUUUUUUUGCCAGAGCGGGGCUCCUGUUCUUGCAACGUAGGGCAAUGCUUUCUCUCUCGUGUCGAACUCAGCGCCGAAGCAACUCGCAGCGACGUUUGGUCGGGCGUGCUCUGACGGCUCUGUGGUGCCAACACGUUCUUGACAGCCGCCGCGCUCGUCUGCAACGUCACGUAGCGGAUACACGUGCGAUUGUCUCGGCACUUGUUUCAUUCAUGUACCGUCUCUGUGUGUGAAUACUGUAUACUUGCCUGCCGGCAAAAAAAAAAGAAGGGGUUCUUGGUUCAAAUCCAGGUUCGGACCAACCAACCAUCCAUGGCCUUUCUGUGUGGAGUUUGCAUGUUCUACCUGUGUAAAUGAGAGAGUGAACUGUCCGUUGGCCCUGUGAUGGCCUGGCGACCUGUCCAGGGGGAACCCCGCCUCUGGCACAUUGUCAGCCCAGCUUGGCUCCAGCCCCCGACCCUCCUAGAUGAUGGGUGGAUGGAUGGAUACUGUUUCUGUUUGGGUUGUGCUCUGCAGUUGAAAACACUAUCUCAUUGGACUUUUAGCGGUCUGUUGUCAGACUGGUGCCAGAAUCAAAGACCUCCUGCAAUCGCACAACAUAGUCAUUUCUUUCGGAAGUCUUCAGAGCUAAAGUUCAGUUCAGAGCACCCAAAGAGAGAUGGUUAGUGAAUGACAAAGUAUACUUGUGGACUUAGGUGUUCUUGAGAAUAAUGCUGAAGCCAUAGCUGAAUCCGUCGUGCGCAACGUACCUUUAGAGAAAAAUAGUUCCCGGGAUCUAACGAUCUCUAAAUUCUUCAGUUACCUCGUGCUUCAAAGAAAAAGGAAAACCAGGACAGACAAAAGGGGUCUGACCAGUUCUCAUUAAUAGUUACAGUACCCUUGUCCCCUCCAUUUCGACCCACAAGCAGAGGGGCUUUAAGACACCAGUGUCCAUCAGCAGAUGUUCAUCCGAUACGAUGACUAUUGGCCAAAUUGCCGGGAAAAUUGCUGAGAACCACCUCAACAAUGGGCUCAGGACUGCUGUGGGAUUGAGUCCAAAAACACAAAACAGCCGCCUGCAUGAUCCCCUUAAAUCUUUUUAAUUGUAGCCGCGCCUCGGCUAAGGGGGUCUUAGAAUGGCUAAAAGCUAAAUUGUCACUAUGUCAUUCAGUCCAGCACUGCUAAGGAUGUACUAGCCAGGCUGGACUGUUCCAUGUGUUUUUAAUUCUUGCUCUUCAUCCUAACGUAUCCCCAAAAAGGGAACCAGCUGAAGACGCACUGUUUAUCACGACGGCGUAUUAGGGCCAGUGUAGGAGCUGGGGGACGGGGGCGGGGGGGAUGUUUCGAGAAUUUCUGACGUUCAAGUCGCAAAUUUACCAUAAAAUAAGUCUGGAAAAAAUGUAGCUUUAAUAGGCCUCUUUGUUUUAUACAACUUGUCUGCAAUCUAUGAAAUCUAUGUUCAAUUGUUUUGUGACCAAGAGUCGGGGGCUGGAGGGGCUCUUUUCACUGAAUAUGCGUGGUCCUGACGUCCAAAUACUGGGCGAAGUUUAGAAAAGAACGAAGAGCGCGCCCGAGGUCUACGCUUGCAAGACUCGGGCCGAAUUCCGAGAUUAGUGGCAAACUAAGACAAACAGCCAGACGGCUCUUCGUUUGAACUUGCUCGCAACAAUUCCGCUGUUUGCAGAGUAGCGCGCGAGGGGUGAACGAGAGACGGCAUGUGGACGGCGCAAUUGCUCCGACGUUUUCUCUCGUCGAUCUGCGACUUCGUUCGAGUCAAUUUCAUCUCAGAGAACAUCCGAGCUUGUAUUCUCGUCAAAUUUACGACUUUAAUGUCAGAAAUUCCGUCUUUUAUGACCCUCCCCGGCUCUGUAUUUUUUGUUGUUGUUGUUGUUGUUUGUUUAUUAGGUGUUGCUGCAGUAUUUAUUUCUUGCACCAGUGACACAGACCAUUGUCGGGAUGCUGACACUGGAACCUCACAGUUCACUGCCCUCGACCAAAACAAUGCAGCAAUGCAGGAAGUAGCCAAGUCGGCUUUAAAUGUCAAGUUUUACAUGCAUGAUGGGAAGAGUGCUCUUUAGGUGUUUCAGUUUAAUGACAUAGCUGGAGUGUCAUUAACGGAUGCGUUUGUUCAGUAUUUAUAUAAAAACGUCUAUAAAAUGUGUAGUGACUCAUGAGGUUGAAAUGUAGCAGGAGCGAAGUGUAAAUGAGAGCAGAGUGUUCUUUGGACAUUUUUUCACAUUCCAACUUCCCCGAGGACCAGAAGAGCAGUAGAAGAAAAGCAGCCAUUGUUUUCUUUCAUUUAACUUUUACCUGGGGGAGCCGGUCUACAUUUUUUCUUCUACUUUCAUUGUAGUCGCAACCUCCACGUUGCCAGUGUUGAUAGUUAUGGCCAUUAAGAUAUUGUAGGCUUGCACUUUAUGAAGUUUAAUAUUGCUAUGAUCUUAUUUGUCGUGCUUUAUGGUGAAAAGAAAAAAAAUCCUACCCAUGUUAUUGUUCCUCAUGCUUGCCCUUUGGUUGACUGGUUAAAAAGCAGUUGUUUCAAAGGUUUUCUGAAACCUCUUCGUCCGUCACGGCUGUCACUUUUUUUGAACAGCUCUUGCCCGAAAUGUGUCAAAGUGUUCCAAAAAGUAUUAAGAUGGCGGCAGUAACAUGUUCAUUUGUGUCAAAGGAUUAGAAACCGCCCCGUUUCUUAGACAACUGCGCUCUAAAACAUUUGGGGACGUUGGGGACUUCGAUGCCAGUCAUGAUCUAUUUCUUCCCGGAGGAAUACCAACGCAACUUGGGACAGAAGAUGAAUCCCAGAGAAACGUUAUUUUUUAAUUGUUGAAUAUUGCAUGUUGAAAAGUUUGUAUGUUAAGUCUCCAAAAGUCACAUUUACGUUAUUGCAUAUUAUUGUAUGGUGUUUUUCCUAAACUCAGAAUUUCGUGAAAAGAGCAAACAGUGAAGUGACACUGUACUUUCAUCAUAACUCUAACUAGAAAAAGGAAAUAAAGGGGGUAGCAUCCAGCCUCUCGAAGGACUGUUUGCUGUAUCGAUGUGUUCUGUGCUUUAUAUUCAAGACAUUGCCACGAUUACGACGACUUAAUUUAUGAUGUAGCAUCAGUGGGAUCCUUUGUGCAGAGAGAGUGCCACUGGAGUUUGCUUGUGUCCCUCGCACACAAGAACGCUUCUUAAAAAAACAACCCCGCGUUGCAUCAGUGUUGAGUGAAUAUUUGAGUUCAAUUUCGUGUUUCAAGUUUUGCAUGAACGACCUAGCAGCAUGAAGAGCGUGGUGCAUUAGCCUGAAUUGAAAAUGGAAUUUCUGACUCCUCAUAAUUUGAUGGGUGUGUCACAGUACGUAUCACAGUGCCCCUUUGUCUCACGAUCUUGGUGAAUUUUGGCCACCCCACACUACUCAUACAAGCCAGAUAAUAACUUAAAUAAUAAAUUGUGUAAUUGUGUUACGAUAGCAACAAGAACUAAUAAUAAUGUGAACAAAACAAUAUGUGGAAUCAAGUUAAUAACUUGACUUUGUUUUAUCCAAGGGUUGGUGGCAAAUGUAAAAAUCAUGUAGAGUUCAAACUAUAUGUAUUAGAUUAUGAAAUCUUAUGGAAACCCCCACCCCCCAAAAAACCAACCAGACAACAUGAGGCUUUACUUUAUCUCCUCCACUGCCAUCGCCUUUCCCUUUGACGACAUAGUUUACAAACUACCGAGUGUUGAGCGAUGUGAUGAGUGAUGAAUUUGAUGCAAACGAAAAUGAGCCUCGUCGGAUUAAAACCGCCACUGUGAUUUAGACGUUGACGUUGCUGUUUUGGAGAAUUUUGGGACAUGAGCUACAUCUUUCUGGGUUUGCCGUCUUUUUCUUGUUCCCGCGCAAAACGUUUUGAAUUUUGGUCCUUUUAAAAAGGCUUAUUGAAUUCCAGCAGCUACAAUGACAUUUCCUAGAAGUGGAAAUGUUUCAGUUAGGUAAAAUGUAUUCAGAACAAAUAUUCUGUUGCGGUGCCGCAGAACCAAUGCUUUAUUUUUUUUUUUUAAAGCUGCAACUGUGAGACAGUGCAUCGAACAACAGAAACCCACACCGACUUGACAGUUAGAGGAGAUGGCAACCGGGCGGUUGUGACGGCCAGUUGCAGGCGUAACAGAACCAGGGACCGGGAAGAAAACGAGGGUGGAAAGGGAAAGAGGGAGCAGGAACAGCGUUAUAUAGUGUGUUCAAGCACUGUCAGCCUGGUCGUUACAGUAAUAUUAAUAACACAAAAGGUAUAAUAUAUUAUCAGCACUCACCUGAUAUAAGCAUAUAUUGGAUUCCACCGGAGCACAGGAAAUGAACUUGUUUUUAUCAUAGAUGCACAAGCACAAAGGCCACCGCUGCACAUAAGGGACCCACAUCCAUGGGGAACGCAUGUCCACCACUGGGAGCACAUAAGAAGUAACUGCCAACCGAUCAACAGUGUUUCCUCCACGAGAUAUAUAUGCAGGGGUCAGUUUUACCUUUCUCCUUUUUUUUUUUAUAGAUGUCAAAGUGUCCAAAACAAGGGGGGGGGGGGUCCUCCUGUGUGACGUGUUAUGUGCUUGUCGUGAAUUUCCGUUGGUGUCAAACUAACGCCUCGGGCACACUACACGGUUCUUCGAAGAUCUCCGUCAAUACUAGACGACGCGCCGUCUUGUAAAAUCGCGAGGCUUUGGGCCGCCGUGCCGUUCAACACUGUACUCUUUGUACUCCGUGCAAAGUACGUUUUUGUCACGGAAGCACAUCACGCGAGAAGGGACACGGGAACGUAUGCGAUCCAUAAUAUGGUAUGGUCUGCCACUUUCACGGUGGCCGUCAGAAAGGAACUGCGUUUUGUUUUUUUCUCCAAUUUACAGGAGCGCCGGAAUUUGUUGGCGAGCGGUAAAUCGGUCGUACAGUCGUGUAGUGUGAACUGGGCGUUAAAUGUAUUUUUCAAUAUUUUAAGUUUAAAAACAGAAAAGAAAAAGCACAGAUUGUUAUCUCUGUAAACAUGCAUGUUUGUUGAUUUGAAUAGAAAGUGCCAAAGACUGUUGGAUGUCACUUUCCCAUCUUAAAAAAAGGGGUUUUUUUGUGCGUGUUCGUUGCCAGAUGGACCCAAUAAAUAAGAAAAUCUGCCUCAAUGAAA